UUGGAAAAUCAGCUUCUGUCAAGGGGAACACUGCUACCCAAUCUGUCUCAUUCAGCGUACAGAGGAAAAGUCUAGUGUCCUGGACAUCAGAGGUUGUUGUGGGACAUGCUUACUGUGGAAUGACUGUAUUUAUCACUGUAUUUUGCAAUGUUGUUCAGCAACUAACAAAAAUGGGUCUAGAAUGUGUCUCAUGAUGAGUGGGAGUGUACUAUAAGCCUCUGCCCCGGAGGAGAAUCAGCUAUAACCAAACCGUUUCCUAUGGGUGGUUGUUUAGACAGCUCUUUAAAGCUUCUGGUGGUGGAGACUCUGAAACCUCCCAGCUGAUCCCAUUUGGAUUCUUAACGAUGCUUUGCAUUAAAAAAGUCUUUCUAAUGUUUAACUUAAGCAGGUAGUAAUGGUGAGUAAGACUGCAAUCCAGGUUCUCCCUAUGCUUGCCAGGUAAGUAUACUGAAGGUUUACUUAGGGUCAGAUGGACAGCCUGUGAGACAAUCAAUGACUAGAUGCUGAACUCCAGCAUGCCACUAACCAACUCCUGUGCCUUCACCCCUUUGCUUAAAUUUGGCCCUUAUCUGCUUCAGAAAGGCAGAGGUGAAAUUGAAAAGAAGCAUCUGUAUUCACUUUGCUAGGUCGUCAGCCAUAUCUGACAAGGGAAUCCUGUAGUUUUACACUCUAUUUGUGCCCCAGAUGCAUUCACAAAACAUGUUUUACUCCAUGGGAUCAAAAAAUAUGUAAGGCUUGAUUUCCAGAUGUUUGCAGAAGUAUGGGCUGUAGCAAGAGCUUAGUGCACUUCUAUAUCGUAGUAAUACUCUUACACAAGAAAAACAAGAGCAGCACAGCUCCAGAGCAAAUAUUGUUUCUAGUCACAUACGAUACUUUGCAGCUGAGCCUGGUAACACGCUGCUUAGCUGUUUUGCUAUGCAAGUGCAGAGAACGCUGUUAGCAAUAAAGCCACUGCUGGUUUCUCCUCCAAAACCUCCCUCCUUGCAGUGCAUUGGGAAUGACUGAACUUUGGCCCUCAAUCUGCUGACACCCUGAGGGAGUGUAAAUGUAAUGACGUCUUUGCUUGUUUCAGCUGCACAACAGGAAACGCUCAUGGCCUCCCCUUCUUCCUGCUCUGAGAAAGUGCUGCCUUUUUUUUUCUCUCCCCUCCCUUCCCCUGCAGUCAAGCGGGCUGAGACCUAGUUUCAGGUCUGGGCUCGGCAGGCAGCCGGUGCUCGCACAAGGCCCCCAUUGCUGCUGCCUCCUCGCCAGCGCAGCCAGUUGCCCCCCUAUUGCUGUGCUGUGGUGGUGGUGCCAGAAAUACAAGCAGUUUAAUUUUAUGUUUUAUUUUUUUCUUUCCCCCCGGAGAAGUGACUGAGAAGAGAAUACAGUUAUGUGGCAAUGGCUUGCUCCACGGAGCAUGUCGCUGGAUACUGGCUCAGCUGCAAAGACCAGGAUGGUCAGGUGAUGAUUUGCCUUGGGGAGACCACAUCACUUGCAUAAUAUAGAGGACACACUGUCAGGUGGGCCUUCAGGGAUGCCGGCAUACGGUCCCAAUAGUGCUGAAUAUACAGGGCCUGAACAGAUUUCUUUGCCUUGCUGGAAUACAGAGGCUUGCUUCUUGCAGAGCAUUGACAGGAAACCUGUUUAACCCUCUCUGGCUGCUGCUUUUACACUUCAUAACCAAAACAGGGACAUGAGUAAGAAUGGUUGUUUGAGAAACACAAGCAUUUUGCAGCUAACUCAGGGAGGAGGAUUUUGUCUCAUCAAAGUCAGCCAAAACGGUAAAGCAGCACAGUGUUCUUGCGAGUGAAAUUAAUUGAUUCAGUCUUCAACUGUUAAUUCUCUAAUGAUGGGGGGGGUGUGGGGUGGGCGGGUCGCUCUUUAAAGAACAUCAAGCACAUAUGCGCUAGGGAGUUUGCAUAUUGUGGCGUGAGAAGAGGCACUGAGUAGUCUAUAGAGUACAGGAUCCUGAAUUUGGAAGAUCUAAUUAAUUUUGAACGUAAACAGUGCUGGUGCGGUUGCUUAUUCAUUUGUUUAAUGUUGCAUGGGCAUAUUAUUUGAGGAGCAGCUUUUGUCUGCGUCUGCAAUAAGCAAAUUCUGGAUUUACCUCAUUAAUCUAUCACACUACCUAGCUAAAUAACUGCUGUUUUUAACAAGCUGGAGUUAUGUAACAUGAAUCAUGCCUGGCGAGAUGCUUGCAAGCAGGGAAAGGCAAGACAGGCAAAGAAAUAACAGCACCCAACCUUUUGUGGAAUAGGAUAUGACUGGGUUUUGAAAUUAAAUACUGUGUGUUGGUACUCUCAGCCGUACAGACAAGGUCCAGCUGUUCAUCAUGAAGAUGUGGCUUGAAACAGUCUUGGGAUGGGAAUGUUUAACAGACAGAAGAGUGAAAUUGCUCAGGCAUGUACAGUCCUUGGAAGGUUUUAUAUAUGUGCAUGCCAAAUUCCACCUCCCACCACUCCCCCCACCAUUGUUUUUCCUCUGGAAAACUGCUAUAGAGUAAUAAAUGGGGUGGGACCCUCUUCUGAUAUGUGAUCUACAACGAGCUACUCUGAAUCGUACGAUGACAAUGUUAUCACUGCCACAUCUCUGGGAACCAGUUAUUCAUAAGUAUACGGACUGUCUACUUAAGAAGCUGAGAGUGAGUUAGAAACUUUGAUGAAGCCUCUAUUCUGUGAGGUGGAAGAGAGAGUCAACAGCCAUAUUCGCUGGAGCAGUGAACCAAAUUGCCUUGACUGGAACCAUUACUCACUUGCACCUUUGACAGCAGCAGCCAGGAAAACUGAAGAUAGUCAUGCCUAUUAGAUACCUAGAAGAUGCAGAUAGCUGUGUCAACAUGGAGGAGAUGAAGAGAACUUUGCUCUAGUAGAUCACAAAUAUUUCUAGGUCAUUCUGCAUCUCAAUAUUUAAUAACAAUGGAAAAUGUCCAAAUGCUAUAGCAAGUCUUUGCAAAUGUAUAAUAAACUGUUUAGGAAAGUUCCUGCCAUGAACAGAACUGUAUAAUACAUUAGUGUACAGACACAAAUCUAAUGCCUAUAGACUACUGCGUGGAAAGUUCCAAAGAGAAAGAAAAGUCUGUGAAUUUGCAACAGCCCUGGAAAAAUGGCAGAAACAAAACUUUAAAAAGCACAGCUUUGGACACACUCCAUGUGUCUGCACAGCUUUCAAGUGAACUAGCACUUAAGACCUUGUGUAACAAAAUGGACUCUGGGGACACAGCUAUAGGGCAAAAAGCUACCUCAAGGUCUGGAGAAACUGCUAAAGUACCAAGUAGAUGGAGGCAAGAACAUUCAGCUGUUAUUAAAAUGAGCACUUUUGGCAAUCAAGAAGUACAGAGGCAACCACAAAUAGAUCACGAGCAAAUAGGAAACACAGCAUCAGCACAACUUUUUGGUUCUGGGAAACUGGUAUCAUCAAAUGAAGCUGCACAGCAAGUCACAGAGAAGCAAUAUCCACAGCAUCGUCCAAGUCCUUACUCAUGUCAACAUUCACUUUCUUUCCCACAGCAUUCAUUGCCACAAGGCUUCUUGCACAAUAUAAAGCCACAUCAGAGCUUGGAAGGCCCUCCGUGGCAGUAUCCUAGCCACUUGCAAUCAGUUGCCUCAGAGGACUUGUUUCCUUUUCAUAUGCAUAGCCAUAGCGGAGGUUUCUCCAGGAAGAAGAUCUCAAGUUUGAACCCUGCAUACAGCCAAUAUUCACAGAAAUCUUUAGAACAAACAGAAGAUGCUCACAAAAAGGAACACAAACCCAAAAAGCCUGGCAAGUACAUUUGUCCUUACUGUAAUCGGGCUUGUGCCAAACCUAGUGUACUUAAAAAGCAUAUUAGAUCUCAUACUGGGGAGCGACCCUACCCUUGUGUUCCUUGCGGUUUCUCCUUCAAGACAAAGAGCAACCUUUACAAGCACAGGAAGUCACAUGCCCACGCAAUCAAGGCAGGAUUAGUACCUUUCACAGAGUCCGCAGUCUCUAAAUUGGACCUAGAUGCCAGUUACAUUGAUGUGGAGGCUGAAAUACAUUCAGAUGGUGAGCAGAGCACGGAUACUGAUGAGGAGACCCCUCUCCUAAUGGAAGGAUCCGACAAACUGAGCCCUGUCCCACAGCUCCCCCUGGACAUUGCUAGCAGGAGCAGUUUUCACUCCUCCAUGGAAGAGUCCUUGGUGGGGCCAAUGAAAGUGCCCAUUUUGAUUAUCCCUAAAAGUGGAAUUCAGUUACCCAGUGAGAGUUCACCAUAUAUUGGCUCUGAUAUGUUGCAAAACCCGUCCUUAAGUACCAAGUCUGAUGACUCUCAUACAGUUAAACAGCGACUUGCACUAAGACUGUCAGAGAAAAAAGGGCAAGAUUCCGAGCAGUCAUUAAACCUCCUGAGCCCACACAGUAAAGGAAGCACUGACUCUGGUUAUUUUUCCCGCUCAGAAAGUGCUGAGCAGCAAAUUAGCCCACCAAAUACUAAUGCAAAGUCUUAUGAAGAGAUCAUCUUUGGGAAGUUCUAUAGGAUUAAUCAAAGGACAGCACUAACAGUAGCCACAACAAAUCAGGAACAUAGUUUAAUGGGCAGAAAGGGCAAAGCAGAGCCAUUACCUCUUUUAAAUAACAGAUUAGAUAUCAAGAUGCUUGAGGAACAUAUUUCUCAGCUGACUCCAAAUAAAGAAGAACUCAUUGACUCCAGUAAUUUGAGCACUAUUAAAUCUACACAAAUUUAUCCAGGCAGCAAUACAGAAUCUAGACAAUCCCAGACCACCACAUCAUCCAUCAAAAACGAAUGCAGUUUGUACCAGGUCAGUCAGCAGGGUGACAUGCCUGUCCUUCUAGAGCCCCCAGUAGAUUCCUCUCCUCUUAUUAGAAGUAACUCCAUGCCAACCUCUUCUGCAAACAACCUAAGUAUUCCUCCAUCUCUGAGAGGAAGCCAUUCAUUUGAUGAGAAGAUGGCUGGCUCAGAUGAUGUAUUUUACCCUGGGACAGUGGGAAUAUCCCACCAAAGGAUGUUGAGAAGGCAAGCUGCCUUUGAACUGCCUUCUGUGCAGGAGGGGCACUCAGAUUCAGACUAUCAUGGAAGACCAGGGAAAAAUAUCGUUAUUGCUUCCAGUAGACAGACAACAGGUGACAAAGGACCAUCCUUAAAAGACAAGACCUUUUAUGACUAUGAUGCCAGUGGAAAGCACUACAGAAAGUGGGAAGAAUUUGAAGCUCAGAAGCAGAACUACAGGGACUCGCCAUCCUUAGGUGGGAUCAACAAGGUGGGAGAGUACUUUGUUGAUCCAAUCGGACAAUGCCAGGCAGUGCCAUCCAUGCUUGGAACAACUUUUGAAAACAGAAAGCGCAGGAAAGAAGAGAGUGUUGGAGAUGAGGAAGACAGCCCCAUGCUUUGCAGCAGUGCUACUGGCACCACUGGGGGAAUUCAGCCUUUGGACUUGGAUCCCAAAUCCCAAAUUCAGGAAGUGCCAAGGAGCGGAUUUGCCCUUCAAAGCCUGGACAACGCUGCCCAUUGCCAUGCAGAGCGUUUUGAAAUCUGCAGGCCUUACUUGCAGUCUGGAAGCCCGGCCGCUUCUCUGGAAGACUCAUCCUUAACUGCAGAACAAGAAAAGACUGCAGAAUCACUGGCCAGAAAGCCCCCUGGAAAUGUCAUCUCUGUCAUUCAGCACACAAAUUCAUUGAGCAGGCCAAACUCAUUUGAAAGGUCUGAAUCUACAGAACAUAUUGCAUGCCAGCAGGAAAAGAUCUAUUCACCACCUGAAACAUGCGAAAGCGAGAUUUGUGAGUCCCCAAUGAGCCCAGACCGAGCCCCACAAACAGAAACUGCUGACACCAGUAAGCCAUCUCCAUCCCAGCAGCCUCAGCCGUAUCAUAUGCAGCCCAGAUUGGUUCGCCAGCACAACAUCCAGGUACCUGAAAUUCGUGUCACAGAGGAGCCAGAUAAGCCUGAGAAAGAUAAAGAAGUGCAGAGUAAAGAGCAGGAGAGACCCACCGAAGAGUUCCAGUGGCCUCAGAGAAGUGAAACCCUUUCUCAACUUCCAGCUGAAAAGCUACCACCCAAAAAGAAGCGUUUACGACUGGCUGACAUGGAGCACUCUUCUGGAGAAUCCAGCUUUGAGUCCACAGGUACAAGCCUCUCUCGCAGCCCUAGCCAAGAAAGUAAUUUGUCCCACAGUUCGAGUUUUUCAAUGUCAUUUGAAAGAGAAGAGAACAUGAAGUUCAUCACACCUCCCAAACAAGAUGAGUUUGGGAAACAGUCUGAGUUUUUAACAGUUCCAGCAGGUGCUUACUCACUUUCCGUCCCUGGGCAUCACCAUCAGAGGGAAAUGAGACGCUGCUCAUCUGAACAGAUGCCCUGUCCUCAUGCUGCUGAAAUCCCAGAGAUCCGAAGUAAAUCCUUUGAUUAUGGGAACCUGUCUCACGCUUCUUCAGCUGGGACUCCCACUACGGCACUGUCUCCAUCCCGAGAAAGGAAGAAAUGCUUCUUGGUUCGCCAGGCUUCCUUCAGUGGUUUUCCAGAGAUUUCCCAGACUGAUCAGAGCACAGAACAAAGUAUAAAGCAAGAGCAGAUGGAACAUGCACAGGCUGGUCUUCGCUCCUCCCAGCUCACCUGGCAUCACUCUCCUUCCUCUGUACUUCAGCCCAUUCAGGUAGAUGACUCUGGAAAACAGGCUAUUGGCUCCUGUGCUCAACUUAGUAAUAGCUCAUCCCACCUUGCCCAGCAACAGGCUCUUCUUGCAGACAGCUCAGAAAUGUUAAGGACUUCCUUGAUCCAACAAGCACCUUAUAUUCCUAGCAAACAUUCAUCAGAGCAACAGCAGCUAUUUGCACAUCAGGAAAAAGUCCCAUUUGCCCCUAUUCAUAGCACCUUGUUUCAGUUCUCCUAUCCAGCUGUCUGCAUGGUUCAUUUACCACCAUCUCAGCAGCCUGUCUUGUGGCAGUCAUGCACAGAACCUCUACACUUCCAGCAUCCUUUUGUACAACAGCUGCAGAAAUCUUAUGUCAAACAGCCUUUCCAGACAGAUGUUCCUCCAAGCUAUCACCUGGAACAUGCGCCAGAGUAUAUUAGCAAGAAACCAGCUGAUUAUGUGCAUGCUAAAGAGCAAGCAUACCAGCAUUACUCAGGAGCAUCUGGGCAGUAUUCAAAAAAUACUCUUGCUAAGUACCAGUCAGACCAUAGCAUUAAACCAACAGAUACCUCCUCUGAGCAGCAUCUCCAGACAGAUUUUGACUCCCCAAGUGAUGGAUCUGUACAGUCUUUGCCAGGAACAGUUGUUCCUGUCAGAAUUCAAACCCAUGUGCCAUCUUACGGUAGUGUCAUGUACACAAGCAUUUCUCAGAUCCUUGGACAGAGUAACAGUCCUGCAAUUGUAAUUUGUAAAGUUGAUGAGACUGUUUCUCAAAGAACAUUGGCAACUAAUGCAACCAUGCAAGGAAUUGGAUUUAAUAUAGCUCAGAUGUUGGGUCAGCAUGGAGGGCUAGAAAAAUAUCCAUUGUGGAAAGUGCCACAGACACUACCACUCGGACUGGAGCCACGAAUUCCCCUGUGUUUGCCUUCCAGUUCAGACAUGGCUUCUACCUUGGGAGGAGGCAAACGAAUGCUUUCACCUGCCAGCAGCUUGGAGCUCUUCAUGGAGACUAAGCAGCAGAAACGAGUCAAAGAAGAAAAAAUGUAUGGGCAGAUAGUUGAGGAGCUAAGUGCAGUUGAGUUAACUAACUCAGAUAUAAAGAAAGAUUUUCCAAGAGUGCAGAAGCCUCAGCUAGUACGGCAGAGCUGUGCUACCGAGCCAAAAGAAAGUCUGCCAUCCAUGUCAUCCACAUCACCGCUGUCGUCCUCAUCAUCUCAAGAUUUCCCACCUGUCAGCAUGCCAACAGCUGAUGCUUUCCCACCGAGCAGGGAGAAACUUUCCAGUUUUGAUUCCGCGUCACCAGGGCAGAAGUCCAGUGGCCCUUCGGAAGGAAGAGACUCACCAGAAGAACUGGAUGUGGAUGAAACAGCUUCAGAUAUGAGCAUGAGUCCACAGAGGUCUUCAUUGCCACCAGGAGAACUUCAGCCAGAAGACCAACUGAAACAUCAAAAAUUGCCUGUUGGGAUGUUAGUCCAGGUGUCAUCCAAUGCCAGUGGGAAAGUCACAGGCUCAACCAUUCUCCUGACAGACGUAGCAGAUUUUCAGCAGAUCCUUCAGUUCCCAAGUCUGCGCACUACUACUACUGUGAGCUGGUGUUUCUUAAACUAUACGAAGCCCAAUUACAUACAGCAACCAACCCUCAAAUCUUCAGUUUAUGCUUCAUGGUGUAUAAGUUCAUGUAACCCAAACCCAUCUGGCCUAAGUACAAAGACCACUUUAGCACUUUUAAGGUCCAAGCAAAAAAACACCACGGAAAUCUACACUCUGGCUGCUAUGCAUAGACCUGGAGCUGGUAAACUGACAUCAUCAAGUGCAUGGAAGCAGUUUGCUCAGAUGAAACACGAGCCAUUCUUCUUGUUUGGCAGCAAGCUUGAAAAGAAAGUAGUGGGGAAUAUUAUAAAAGAAAGAGUAAAAGGAGACAUUCAUGGAGAUAAAGACAUUACAUCCAAACAAACUGAGCCGAUACGAAUUAAAAUCUUUGAAGGAGGGUAUAAGUCAAAUGAGGAUUACGUCUAUGUCAGAGGUCGUGGCCGAGGAAAGUACAUUUGUGAAGAAUGUGGAAUUCGUUGCAAAAAGCCAAGCAUGCUCAAGAAACAUAUCCGCACUCAUACUGAUGUCCGGCCUUACGUAUGCAAGUUGUGCAAUUUUGCCUUCAAAACUAAAGGAAAUCUGACAAAACAUAUGAAGUCUAAAGCGCAUAUGAAAAAAUGCCUGGAGCUUGGAGUAUCAAUGACAUCCGUAGAUGAUGGUGAAACUGAAGAAGCAGAAAACAUGGAGGACAUGCAGCAGGAGGCAGAGAAGAGUAGCAACCUGGCAGGCCUGUCAGCAGAGCACCAGUUUUCUGACGCGGAGGAGUCAGACGGCGAGGAUGGCGAUGACAAUGAUGAUGAUGAUGAAGAUGAGGAUGAUUUUGAUGAUACUCAGGGAGACUCAACACCAAAAACCAGAUCAAGAAGCACCAGCCCUCAGCCCCCUCGGUUCUCCUCCCUGUCGGUGAACUCGGCUGGGGCAUCACAGGGGGCUUCCCCCGAAGGCUCCCUUUCUGUGGGACACUCCUCCCUCAUCAGUUACUUGGUCACCUUACCUAGCAUUCAGGUUACUCAGCUUGUAACACCAAGCGACUCCUGUGAAGACUCACAGAUGACAGAGUAUCAGAGGUUCUUCCAGAGUAAGAGUACCGAUUCAGAGCCCGAUAAAGACAGGUUGGACAUACCUAGCUGCAUGGAUGAGGAUUAUGUGGUUUCGUUAGACCCCAGUUCAUCUCCAAGGGACCUCUCGCCUUCCAGUCAACAGUCAUCACCUGGCUACGAUUCUUCACCAUAUAGAGAUAACUCACCAAAGAGGUAUUUAAUGCCAAAAGGGGAUUUGUCACCCAGAAGGCAUCUGUCACCCCGAAGAGAUAUUUCACCCAUGAGGCACCUUUCCCCACGGAAGGAGGCUGUGCUGAGGAGAGAGUUAUCACCAAGACGGGACGUGUCACCAAGACGUCACUUAUCACCAAGGAGACCAAUGUCACCAGGGAAAGAUGCAUCUGUUCGAAGAGAUUUGUCUCCUAGGCGAGAGAGGAGAUACAUGGCCUCUGUUAGAGCAGCAUCUCCACGGAGGGGCUUAUACCAUAAUCCAGCAUUGUCCAUGGGUCAAUAUUUACAGUCUGAAUCUAUUCCAGUGGGGCAUUCAAGAAGGGGGUUGUCUCAGGGGCCUUACUUCAGUGCAUAUGGAGAAAAAGGAGGCAUGGAGCACCGCAGGUCUAGCCAGUUCCCUGAAGGUCCGAGCGACUACAUCUUCAGUCAUCUUCCACUACACUCCCAGCAACAGAUCCGAGCACCCAUCCCCAUGAUGCCUAUUGGGGGUAUCCAGAUGGUCCAUUCAGUACCAGUGGCCCUUUCAGGUUUACAUUCUCCGUCCACUCUGGCCCUGCAGAGGGAGGGCUCUGAGGAGAAGCAAAGAGGAACUGCGGAAAUCCUUACAAAAGAAUCAUAUAGUAUUUCUAAGCACCAUGAGAAACGUACCUCUCCGCACAGCUUGCACCUCACCGCUCCCUCCAGCGUGCCCUCCUCUUCGCUGCUGUUGCUGACGCAGAGCACGUCAGAGGACAGUGUUGUAGCUACCGAGAGGGAGCAGGAGGAGAACAUACAGACUUGUACAAAAGCCAUAGCCUCUCUGCGAAUCGCCACAGAAGAAGCCGUUCUGCAUGGGGCGGAGCAGCUGCAGAGGCCUUCUGAGCCUCACCAGAAACCCUUAGAAAGUGCACAUUUUAGCAUUAAACACUUUAGUGGAUCUGAGCCAGGCCAGCCCUGUGCCUCAGCCACCCAUCCUGACUUGCACGGUGGUGAACAGGACAGUUUUGGUACAUCACAGACUGCGUUAGCACAUCCCACCUUUUACAGCAAGAGCUUUGUGGACGUCCGGCAGUUGGGCUUUCACAGCAGGAGCGACCCCUCAUCAAGCACACAGGAAAGAAAAGAGCUGCCAUCUGAGAAGAGCAAGCCGCAUUGAUCUGAGAUGCAUGGAGACUUUCACCCAUACAUUUACCCCACUUUCUUCUUUUUUUUUUUUCUAGAGAUAGAAGAAGUAUUCAACUUUACAGCAUGCCUGUUCUAAGUUACAGUAGUUUGCUAUUAUAUAUACUUUUGUUAUAUCAAAAGAAUUAGAUAAAAUAACAAGUCAUCAUGAGCCUGACCAAAACUAAAUUUGAAAUUCUUAUUGGGUCUGGUACUUUUAAAUUGUACAGAUGUUUGUGCCUUUUCUUUACUUUGCUUAUAUUCUUAUAAGCAUUUUUUUAGCAGUAAUUUGUACAUAUUUUAGAAUUUGUGUAUCUGCUUUGUAAUAAAUGUAAUUUCUUUCCUUUUUUGGACACUUGGAUCUAAAUGAUGUAAAGCAAAACGGCAUCAAUAUAUGUGAGGUUGCACUAAAACAUAUUUUUAUAUGAUUAAAACUGAACAGCUUUUAUGUACAGCUCUGAUUCUGUAAUACUAAUAUUUAUUUACUUUGUUUCAUAAAUUGUAAAUUUUUUUCUUAAUGUUGUGGAUUGCUUUUCUAUGUGAAGCAUGGGAUUUACUGUUGCGUAAUUAGAACAAAAUGUAUAUUGUAAAACAAGAUAUUUAAACUAGAGUAUCUUAUCUUAUUCUGCACUUAUGCAUUAGUUAAAAAAAAAAAAGAUAAAGGAUGUAUCAGUCAGUUCUUAACUCUUGUAAUUUUUUUUUGUCUCGUUUGCCGGAUUGACUAUAACUUAAGUGCUGAUUGUGAUUUUAAACUGAUAGUACCGUAAAGCAUUAAAGUAAAACAAUGUGCUAUUGUGAGUUUUUUCAAAGCUUUAUAAAACAGUUAUAAAUAUAUUAAAAGUAUUUGGUCUUAUGUGAACA